AGUGGCUGACGUCUGACGGCCUCAUGUGGAAGCACAACUGGCCCGUGUGGCAUGAUGGAAGGAACGUGAACUGUAACAGCUCUGCACAAACGGCGCCAUGUUCGAAAGCGAAGACUCGGGCUGCGCAGAGGUGGAGCAGAUGACCGAGGUGCGCUCCCCGAGCUCAGGGCCCCCCAGCCCGCUGUCCGUGAACUCGGACUACAGCUGCGCCAGCCCCGAGGCAAAGUCUGUCUCAGGGCAGCAGAGAGUCAGGAGGCCCCUGAACGCCUUCAUCAUCUGGACUAAAGAGGAGCGUAGGCGGCUGGCACAUCUUAACCCAGACCUGGAGAACACAGAUCUGAGCAAAAUACUCGGAAAAACCUGGAAGGCCAUGUCUCUAGCUGAGAAGCGUCCAUACAUGCAGGAGGCUGAGCGUCUGAGGGUCCAGCACACCAUCGACUAUCCCAACUACAAGUACCGGCCCCGCAGGAGGAAGCAGCUGAAGAAGAGUUCCAAGCCUCAGGGUGCAGACGCCUCCUCUUCUCUCCCCUCAAUCUGCAGCUCAGGCUUCACGGUGCCCUACAACCUCACCUAUCUGCUCCAGAACCAGCAGCAAUCCUACCCGAACGUGCCCGCUUUCCCAAACUCCCCAGCUAACUUCACCCCUCUGUGCAGCAGCUACCAUAACACUCCAGUUUUUCCAGAUGCAGGAGCAGCCGCCGCAGCAGCAGACCCGUUCCCAAAUCUGUCUACAUACCCUGCAGAGCCUAAGGUGUAUUUUGGCAGUCAGCACGGGCAGAUGCAGUGCAGUUUCUCAAACUCUGCAGGUCACUAUGUGGAUCAGGGGGAGUCCAGGGUUUACAAGGACCUACUGUGCCCUGCUGGGCCCUCCCUGGAGUUUUAUCUGGAACAGGUUCAGCUGGACAUGCUGUAUGAUCUGGACCGCAGUGAGUUCGAACAGUACCUGGGCCCGAACGUUCACAGGCCUGAGUCGGUGGAUCCCAGCAGCUACCACCAGCAGAGCAGCCACAGAGAUGGACGCUUACUGUCGUGAAACUACAAAAAAUUGUGUAUUUAUUUAAAUAACAGUGUGA